AUGGCGCGCAGUGCCGUUAUCAAGCGAACCGAUAGCGCUGAAAGCGGAAACUCAGGCCAAGAACAUGAUGAUGAGGACCCUUUCAUCACUGUAGAAGACGGCGUUCUUGGCGACGAAGACGAUGAAACACGUACGAUGAACCGCAACGCCGACCGUAACGACAGCAUCGACUUGGGCAUUGAAACACCCAGGCAAGCCGAUGUUGACUGGGUAGCAAUGGAGUCUGGUAUUGACCCAGACGGGAUGAAUGGAAAUGGCCGUUUGGGGGGAGAAGCAGGCAGUGAAGACGACAAGGAACAAUCGGACGAAGAAGCAAACCCCGACGACGACGACGACGACGAGGAGGACGAGGACGAGGACUUUGCAAACGGGGAGAAUGAGAAUAAUGAGUCGGGUAGCUUUGUCGGCGACGAAGACACUGGAUCCAUAGAUUCAGCAGAAAUGAGGGAGGAAGCGAUACAGGAUGGAUUCCGAGGAUUCUUGCUGGGAUACAUUCAAAGUGACCUCUUCCAAAGAUUCUUGGGGAUCAUGUCUAGGAUGUAUAACUGGUUUCUCAAAAAGCUUGGGCGUGGUAGCAACGAUAAUGAAGGUGAUGCUGGAUUGGAAGAUCUUGCAGAGGAACUGGUGGAUGCUGCAGAUCCCGGAGCAACAAACUUAUUAUCUCAGAAUUGUGCAUCCAUGCAAACAGCUGGUCAUGGAGGAGGAGGUGGAGGCGGCGGCGGUGGUAGUGGUGCCGGAAUGGGGGGAGGAGGAAUGGCAGGGCCGGCUCCUCCUGGUGGAGUGGCUGGUCCGCCUCCUGGAGUAGCAGAAAUGGCUUCGUCUGCAGCACAAGGUGUUGCCAGUGCUUCUGCUUCCGGAGCCGCUAGUGCUGGGGCAGCAGGAGCUGCUGCUGGAGGUUUGUCCAGUGUUGCUGGGUUGGCCGGCGCAGCUGCCGGUGCAGGAGCAGUGGUCCAGGUUGGGGUCGCAGUAGGUGUGGCGGCAGUAGCGGCUGUUGCAGUAUCCAGUGGAGCUUCCACACCGGUGCCAGCCCCUGCACCUCCCCCACUGCCCCCAAUCAAUAAUGAUUUCGUGCCACCGGAAUGCUCUGAUCAGUCGCUGCUAAAGGUUGGGUUCCUAGAGCUCCAAAUCAAGGGAAUGCCUCCUGAUACCUUGUUUGAUCCUCGCAAGAAGCAGUUACUUGAGAUUCUCUUCCGUGAUAUCUACAAUGAGAUUACUGGUAUGUGUUUGGACCAGUACUAUCGUGUCUUGCAUUCUGCAGAGGUCAUUGACUGGGAAACUGACUGGGGCAACUUCACCACAAAUAGAACCCACAGCAUAUUUCUCCCUGGCUAUUUUGGUGACCUGGAAGAUGAGCUCGGCAAGGCUACCAACUACACUGAACUUGGAAUGAAUGCAUCUCUGCUUUAUGCAGACUCUACCAAUGGCUCUGUUCUCAACAUGAACAGCUCUUUAGCUGCCAACUUCACAGCAGACAACGAUCGAUCUCUUCCAUUGCAAGGACAGGUGCCAGCAGUUCCUGAAGAGAAGCUCGACCCAUAUGCGGAAUGGCUCUACCGCACAAAUACAUCUUUUGAAGAGUAUAGUGAAUUGGUAGCCAACAGUAUCACAACAACAUCUUGGAUGGCCUAUGUUGGUUGUGUUGGUUGUCCAGAUCAUGAACCAUUAUUUGAACUCCCCUCUGAACCUGACUCCACUGCCAGAGGAAGGCGACAGUUGGCACGUUCCUGUAGUAUCAUGGAGCAUCAGCAUGCAUAUUUCCACCGAAGACUGCAGAAUAUAUUUGGCACCCGCAACUUUGACAUGGCUGAAUUCUUUCCUCUUUUUGCUGCUUCCUUUGGAUUCAACAUUGACAGCACUCUGCAGAAGGGCGGACAAAAUGUAGAUCUCAGCGUUGUUGGUGCCAAUGGCUCUCAAGAGAGUGCUGAUGGCUUUCUGUCUGCAGUCAUCUUUGGAACCACAAAAGCUGUAGCUCCAGACGGCGUGGUCGACGUAGAAGCCCAGCCUGUGAAUGCAAUUGGAGGCACAAUAAUUGCACAAGCCAUGGAGCUGAUAGAAGCCAACAAUGGGACAAUCCGGACUCCUUUCGUCAAAAUUGAGCUGUCAAGCAUUGAGGAGUGUGUUGAAGAAUCCUCAACAGAGAAUGGCCAAUCUGAGUUCUGCAAGAAUGUACUGGAUGACACAGGUAUUGAUGUUGAAACUUUGGGAGCAUGCUUGGAAAACCCAAGCUCCAAUGACUGCCAGGAGAUCUUGCCAGCUGUCAUAGCAUCCUCAGAGAAAGUGCUGGAAGCGGCUGGAAGCAUUGGAGCUGAGGGAAGUGGCAGUGGAAGUGGAAAUGGAGGCUUCAGUGGUGAUGGUGGAGCUGGUGACAGACAGAGUGCUAUGACUAUCAGUGAAACUGCUGCUGAAAUCCAGCUCCAAACUCAAGGAGGUUCUGCUGGUGGUGACCAAGAAACCCCAACGGCUGAACCAAACCCCCUGCCAACCAAUAACCCUACCCCUUCUCCUGAGGUGGAUCCCACUAUCAACCCCACAGUAGAAACUCCAACUGUGUCACCAGGAAGUCCAUCAGCAAGUCCCAUGACAUCUGCCCCUACAGUGGCAGCAGGCAAUCCUAGCUCUGCUCAAACCAGAGUGAGUCCUACUGUAGUACCUGGAAAUCCCAGCAGUAGUCCCACAACUGGUUCUCCCACUGUGACACCUGGGAAUCCCUCUGCAAGCCUGUCGACAUCAGUACCAACUGUUACAGCAGGCAACCCUAGCUCUACUUCAACCAGUGUGAUCCCAACAGUGUUACCUGGAAGCCCUAGCAGCAUUCCUACUACUGGUACUACUGUUGUGACCCCAGAGAGUUUGCCAGGUGGUCCACCAACAGCUACACCUACAAUAACAGCAGGCAACCCUGCUUCUGCUCCAAGCAAUGGUAGCCCUGCAGGUAUGCAUGUAGGCCCCAGCAUCGACCCCACAAGUAGACCUCCACCAGUGCCUCUGGGGCAAGGUGCUGUGGGACCAACAAUGGCAACUCUGACUCCUGCUACUAGCAUUCCUGAUAUGUCUCCUGGUGGCCCCAAUGCAAAGCCAACUGCUGGUAUCCCAACUUCUGGAGUUGACAAUGCUGGAACUGCAACUGCGGCUUCAACACAUUCUUCUACACAUUCUUCUACACAUCCUUCAGCCCCACCUGGAGACUCACCAAGUACAACUAACAGUGCUCCAUCAGUGGUUACUAUGCCAGGCAAAACUCCAUCUUUGUUCAUGUCAUCAACAAACAACCCUACCGAUGAUCCAACAGUCUACUCUUCUGGUGGCCCUGCUGUGUCUUCUUCUAAUGGGCCAUCGCUUUCCUCUCCCAUUUCUCUCUCUGCCACUAGUGUUCCAACACUAUCCCCAACUGAUGAUCCCACGCUUCUCCCAACUGGUGAGCCGACGUUUGUCCCCUCAAAUUCACCAACUCUGUCACCAACAGAUGAACCCACACUUCUCCCAACAGCUCCCCCGAGUCCACCGCCAACAGAUGAGCCCACUCUGUUGCCGACAAUUUCACCGACUCCACCACCAACAAAUGAGCCCACUCUUCAAACAACAAACAAUCCCACAGCAGCCAGUAACACACCCACAAUGGACUCAAGUGUCUUGCCAAGCCAGCCUCCUCAGACCGGAGACCCAAUCAUCAUCCCAAGCAAUCCUCCAGGCACAUCUUAUGGGCCCAGCACGGCGCCAAGUGCAAGUCCCAGUGUUGGUGGCAGUGUUGUGCCAAGUGUGCUAUCGAGUAAAUCAACUGAGCCAAGUUUGGUUCCAAGCACUACCAGCGCUAGUGACAGCUCGAUGCCAAGUCACUUUCCCACCACAUCAACUGUGUCAAGUAUUGCUCCAAGCAUCAACCGCUCCGGCGAAAGCAUCAUGCCGAGUGUUAUACCCAGCACAUCAGCUUUGCCAAGUUCAUCCCCCAGCAAAACAUACAGUUUGCUACCUAGCACAUCACCCUCUUCAUGCAGGUUCACAUCCGUUUCAGUGCAAUCCACAUACACGAUUGAUCUAACUGGAGACAUCACUGCUGUGGGGGAUACAGCAUUGAUUGCAGCCUUCGCCACAGCACUAGGUGCCAUACAUGAAGCUGGUCCUUGCCCACCUAGAAUAGAGCGUGUUGAUCUCUCAAGCAGGCCAGGGAUCAAUGCAGGCAUUGCCACAGUACAUAGCAACCAGCCUUGGGGUAGAAGACACCUUCAGACUGCUUCUGUUGGUUUCAUAAUUACAGCCAUCCAGGCUCCAGGGAGCAAUCUCAUUGUUGCUGAUCAAGAGGCUUUUUUCCUGGAACAAUAUACAAGUGCCCUCAACACAGCUGGAGUCAGUGCUACAUCAGUCCUCGCUGGUUUCAUAUCAACUGUGCCAUCCAACAACCCAACUGCUGGCCUUUCAUUCCAACCUUCAAAAACACCCUCUUCGAUUCCAUCCAGCUUGCCAUCUAGUUAUCUCACCAGCAUCCCGUCCACUCAACCCUCAACUAUUCCUUCAAAUCAACCAACAUCUUCACCUUCAUCAGUACCGACAGUGACAUCAGGAAAUCCCACACUAAACCCAACAAGUUCUUCUCCUUCGACAGCUCCCUCUGGAUACCCAUCAGGGAUUCCCUCAAAAGAGCCUUCAGCAAUACCCUCGCUUAUGACAUCAACUGCACCAUCAGUAAUUCCAACCAGCGUGGAAUCAGACAACCCCAGCGGCAGUCCUUCUAACAAACCCACGACACAGCCUACAGCAUCACCUUCUGCUCUACCAACAGUGACACCGGCAGCUCCAACUGCCAGCCCAAUAACAGCAAACCCAUCCAGGCAUCCAUCAGGAAUACCAUCGAUGCUGCCAUCAACAAUACCAUCGCAGAGCCCAUCUGUAUCACCAUCCAGAGCUCCAUUGUCAAACCCAACUUUGGGUCCUUCUGAAACCCCUUCAAGAAACUCAACAUCCACCCCUUCCUCCUUGCCUUCUGUCGCCCCAGGCAAUCCCACUAUCAGCCCAACCCUUUCUAGCUCUCCAUCAUCAACCCCAUCAGCGAGCCCUAGUGUAAGCAGCUUACCAAGCAUUAGCCAAUCAACAGCGCCAACAACGAGCCCAUCUGUGAGGCCAAGUGAAAGCACUGAAAAAAGUGCGUUGCCUUCAAAUAGCCCCUCUCAUGUUCCCUCGGGAAACCCAAGCAUGAGUCCUUCCAAUAAACCACCAUCAAUCUCAAGUCUUGGUCCAUCAAGCAGACCCAGCGUGUAUCCAAGCUUGAACCCUUCAGGUGUACCAUCAAGUAUGCCAUCCCGGGACCCUGGCAUAGGCAUAAGCCCAUCAGAAAAUCCUCCCACCAACCCCUCCAAUGCACCCUCCAUGAUUCCCAGCUCAAGCCCUUCAGGUAGUCCCUCGAUCAUACCGAGCAUCACUCCUUCUGAUAUCCCAUCAUCUAGCCCUAGUAUCAGUCCCUCUGAUAUGCCUUCAGAAAGUCCAAGUGUUGGUCCAUCUUCUUUUCCAUCCUCGAGUCCAUCAGAUAUUCCAUCCAAGCUCCCCAGCCUCAGCCCUUCAAACAGCCCAUCUGAAAUUCCCAGUACGAGUCCAUCUUCUCUGCCUUCUCUCAGCCCAUCAGACAGACCAUCCGUGCUUCCUAGCGCCAGCCCUUCUGACAGUCCAUCCUCAAGACCCAGUAAUAGUCCGUCUUCUUUGCCUUCCUUGAUUCCAUCAGCUAGACCAUCCAAGCUCCCCAGCAUCAGCCCCUCAGACAGCCCAUCCACAAGACCAAGCAUCAGUCCAUCUUCAUUUCCUUCCACGAAUCCAAGCUCAAGUCCUUCUGGGGUACCCUCAACAACACCGUCAUCAAGUCCAUCAAUGUUGCCUUCUAUAAGCCCAUCAGAUAAACCAUCCAAACUCCCAGCAUCAGCCCUUCUGAUCGUCCAUCCUCAAGUCCCAGCAUUGCUCCAUCUGAUGUGCCUUCCAAAAGCCCAAGCCAUCCCCCCUCUGACUUGCCUACGGUGUCACCAUCGGAUGUACCUUCAACCAAUCCAUCCAAUCACCCCAAGGCACCAACCAACCCACCUACCCCUCAGCCCACCAACCAGCCAACAGCACAACCUGUUAAUCCGGUUCCAGGGUGCUCAACCAGCCACUUCGCGGGAUUUUGUUGCCUAA